AUGUCCAACCAAGAUCAAGGCAACAAUGAGGAAGUUGACGAGAAAUACACCCAAUUGCUACGUACUUUGGAGGAGCGUAUUGAUCGUUCGAAAUACGACCCUGCACAGGACAAAGAAGUGCGACGAAUGAUACGGCUACAAUAUCGUACUAUUAUCGACGCUCUGAUAAAAAAGAAGCGAAGCCUGAUACAGCCGAAUAAUCCGGGCAUGCUCGAAGCACUCGCCAAGCUCGAUGAAAUCUUUGCGUUUGUCAGAAACACGCUUGAAGCGACCCUGGAUGCAAAAGCUUUGUCUACUUUGGGCGACUAUAGCAUCGAGCAAGCGAAGAAUCUACAACUUGGCGCCACUGUAUUCGAUGCAGAUGAUUUCGUGUCAAAGGUGAAAACAUUCGGUGGUUGUAUUACGGCGAGAGAAGAUUCACGUUUCUUGGAUUGGAAAGAGAUUGGAUUACGAGCGAUUCAAUUCAACAAUCAAGUGAUGAGCAUGGAUUUUAUGUACGGUCCGCUUGCCGUGGAGAAGAAGCAGCGCAAGCAGGUUAAGCAAGUGAGGAUUAUUCGUAACCAUGAGGAUCUUGUACAGCCGACUCAGUUACAAGGCAACGAUUUAUCUCAACAAGAAAACGAAACAUCAGCCAAUGUCAAUCAAAUCUAUCGCAUUUUGGAUGAACGUGGUCCCACCAACUUGCUUGAAUUCGUGGUGAAUCCAUCCUCUUUUUCACAAACGGUGGAGAAUAUCUUUUAUGUGUCCUUUUUGAUCCGUAAUGCCGUGGCCGAGAUCGAUGAUUCCACAGGACAACCUUUAUUGAGCACGCGAGCACCCCCAACACAAGAAGAGACAGCACAAGGCUUAGGUAAAAGUCAAUUAAUCCUAAGUAUGGAUAUGCAGCUUUGGAGAGACAUCAUCGCAACUUAUGGCAUACAGAAUGCUAUCAUACCCACGCGACCCACCACAUCCGCAGCAUUAUCCUCAUCCGCACGAUGGUAUUAA